GUUCCGCUGGGAGUGUUUGCGGGAGCGUGAUCCCCAAUCCGGCAUGGCAACGCGCCCGGGCUGAGGAAGGCUGGGGUCUCUUGUACUGCGAUUCCCCAGCCUCCCCUCGGCGAGCACGCCUCGUCCGUGCCCCUCAGGUGCCCUGGGACGCGCCGGGCCCCCGGAGCUGACACAGCUUGCGCUCCGCCGCCCCCUCGACUGUUGCAAGUUUCACACGGACCGCGGCUGACGCGGACUGGCCGCGCUCGCGAGCUUCGGGGUCGGGGUCCGGGACGGGCCCAGGGUUGCGUUGGAGCAGGGGCCGGGCGGAGACCGGACGGCGGUUGGGCCAGGCCAAAGCGGCGUUUGGGCCAGGACGGAGCAGCGGUGACGGAGCCGGGAGUUGCUGAAGGGAAAGGAGAGGAGAGGCCCGGCCGCCCGGCCGCGCGGGUCUGAGAGGAGGCGGAGGAGGCGGCCGGACGGGGCGGGGCGCCCGCUGCUUCCCGGCCGCAGCCAUGGCCGACGAGACCCCCAGGAAGGGCAACUUCUCGGCGCUCGUCGGGCACACCAAUGGCCUCACCAAGCCCGCGUCCCUCGCCGCGGCCGCCGUCACCUCCAAGCCAGGGGGCAGCGGCGGCUCCAAGAAACUAGUGAUCAAGAAUUUCCGAGACAGACCUAAAUUGCCUGAUAACUACACUCAGGACACCUGGCAGAAACUUCAUGAGGCAGUGAAAGCCAUACAAAGUAGUACCUCCAUCAGAUACAACCUGGAAGAGCUCUACCAGGCUGUUGAAAAUCUCUGUUCUCACAAAGUUUCCCCAACACUCUACAAACAGCUACGCCAAGUCUGUGAAGAUCAUGUCCAAGCACAAAUUCUUCAGUUUAGAGAAGACUCACUAGAUAGUGUUUUAUUUUUAAAGAAGAUUAACACGUGCUGGCAAGAUCACUGCAGACAAAUGAUCAUGAUCAGAAGUAUUUUCUUGUUUUUGGAUCGCACUUAUGUACUUCAGAAUUCCAUGCUUCCUUCUAUCUGGGAUAUGGGAUUAGAACUAUUUAGAAACCAUAUUAUUAGUGAUAAAAUGGUUCAGAGUAAAACUAUUGAUGGAAUUCUGCUAUUGAUUGAACGAGAAAGAAAUGGUGAAGCUGUUGACCGAAGCUUAUUGCGAAGUCUGCUGAGUAUGCUCUCUGAUCUUCAGGUAUAUAAAGAUUCAUUUGAACUGAAAUUUUUGGAAGAAACGAAUUGUUUAUAUGCUGCAGAAGGCCAAAGGUUAAUGCAAGAAAGAGAGGUUCCAGAAUAUCUUAACCAUGUAAGUAAACGUUUAGAGGAAGAAGGAGACCGAGUAAUCACAUAUUUAGACCACAGCACACAGAAACCACUGAUUGCUUGUGUGGAAAAACAGCUAUUAGGAGAACAUUUAACAGCAAUUCUGCAGAAAGGGCUUGAUCACUUACUUGAUGAGAACAGAGUGCCCGACCUCACUCAGAUGUACCAGCUGUUCAGCCGAGUGAAGGGCGGGCAGCAGAUCCUGCUGCAGCACUGGAGCGAGUACAUCAAGACUUUUGGGACAACGAUUGUUAUCAAUCCUGAAAAAGAUAAAGAUAUGGUGCAGGACCUGCUGGAUUUUAAGGACAGAGUGGACCAUGUGAUAGAAGUGUGCUUUCAGAGGAAUGAAAAGUUCAUCAACUUGAUGAAGGAAUCCUUUGAAACGUUUAUCAACAAGAGGCCAAAUAAGCCCGCAGAACUGAUCGCAAAGCAUGUUGAUUCAAAAUUGAGAGCGGGUAAUAAAGAAGCAACAGAUGAAGAGCUGGAGAGGAUCCUCGACAAAAUCAUGAUAAUAUUCAGGUUUAUUCAUGGUAAAGAUGUCUUUGAAGCAUUUUACAAAAAAGAUUUGGCAAAAAGACUUCUUGUUGGAAAAAGUGCCUCAGUCGAUGCUGAAAAAUCUAUGUUGUCAAAACUAAAGCAUGAGUGCGGUGCUGCUUUCACCAGCAAACUGGAAGGCAUGUUCAAGGACAUGGAGCUCUCCAAGGACAUCAUGGUUCAUUUCAAGCAGUAUAUGCAGAAUCAGAGUGACCCAGGCUCUAUAGAUCUAACAGUAAAUAUACUUACAAUGGGAUACUGGCCAACAUACACACCUAUGGAAGUACAUUUAACUCCAGAAAUGAUUAAACUUCAGGAAGUAUUUAAGACAUUUUAUCUAGGAAAGCACAGUGGUCGAAAACUUCAAUGGCAAACUACGUUGGGACAUGCCGUUUUAAAAGCAGAAUUUAAGGAAGGAAAAAAGGAGUUCCAGGUGUCCCUCUUCCAGACUCUGGUGCUUCUCAUGUUCAACGAAGGGGACGGAUUCAGCUUUGAAGAAAUAAAAAUGGCCACUGGGAUAGAGGACAGUGAAUUACGAAGAACAUUACAGUCCCUGGCCUGUGGCAAAGCACGAGUUCUGAUUAAAAGUCCCAAAGGAAAGGAGGUAGAAGAUGGAGACAAAUUCAUUUUUAACGGAGAAUUCAAGCACAAGUUGUUUCGAAUAAAGAUCAAUCAAAUUCAGAUGAAGGAAACUGUUGAAGAACAAGUCAGCACCACUGAGAGAGUGUUUCAGGACAGACAAUAUCAGAUUGAUGCUGCUAUAGUCAGAAUAAUGAAGAUGAGGAAAACUCUUGGUCAUAAUCUUCUAGUUUCUGAGUUGUAUAAUCAGCUGAAAUUUCCAGUAAAGCCUGGAGAUUUGAAAAAGAGAAUUGAAUCUCUUAUAGACAGAGACUAUAUGGAGAGAGACAAAGACAAUCCAAAUCAGUACCACUACGUGGCUUGAUGCGUUGGCCCACUGUUUUCUUUCAGUGAGACACUGGAAUGUAUCUUCUGAGUAAAAUACUUAUGUGCUGUUUCCUGGGCUUUCUGGGAUUGAGCCAGCACAGAUACUUUGGCUUAGAAGGAAAUGAUUCUUGGAUAACCCUUCACAAGGCUUAAGGAUUUGCAAAUGGCAUAUGUGUCUUUUCUCCCUCAAGUUCUUCCUCUUGUUCUUUUAGGCGUUUAAAUUGUUUCCAUUGCUCUAUGCAGAAUGACUUUGGGAUUGGACAAGAAGAUAUUGGUUAAAUGAGGUUCCUUUGUAAGGUGGUGGUCUUGUAGCAAAAAACUGAAAGUUUGGUUUGUUUUUGUGCAUGUGAUCAUGAAUGCACAAUUAAAAAGACCCUCUAUGCUGCAUUCUUUCGCUACAAAGAUUACUUAGGUAUUCCUGAAGACAAGCUACCUUAGUUGAUGAACACUUAGAUUAAAAACAAGAACCCUUAAUUGGUGAACAUUAGGAAGAAACAGUGUUAAAAACUGGCUAAUCAAUUAUGCAACCUAAAUACUGGCAUCUGUUUCACUUAUUUUCAAAAGUUUUAAACUUUGAUGACUGAUUUUUCUAUAAUGAGGUUUCUCAGUGAGAUCUCUGAUGUGCCAAUAGGACAUCGGGUCUGAUGUGUUUGAUGCAGUGAACCCAUCAGGGUCUUUAUUUUAUUUCCACUAAAUUACUUGUGAAUUUUCUGUUUUAAGUUUGGCGGGAUAGUGUGUUUGUGUUUACCAUUCUAAGAUUGAGUCUAGCAGUCCCUGUUUUUUGCAUUAGGGUAACUGCUGUUUGAUUUAUUAUUAAUUGCAGUAUUUGUAUGAUUGCUAUAAUAAAGUUUGGUUUUGUUUUUACAGUCAUGAGCAGGGACAGUCGUUGUUCUCUGUGCUAUAACCACUGUAAAAAGUUUUAUAGACUUAAAGUCUUGGUAUUCUGAAGCAGAGGUUAUUUUGUCGAAAGAUUAAAAGGAUUUCAUUGGCACCUGGUUUCAUGUUGUGUAUGUAUAGGUGAGGUUGAACAGCAAAUGAUGAUGUUAGUAUGGUAACUAUAACAAAGAUACUUUUAUGAUAACAUUUAAAAGUACUUUAUAUUUUACAUAAUAGCAUGUUUCAUUUUGAUUAAAAACUACCAAAGGAAUUUUGAUCAUGGUAUAAGUGUUUAAAGCAAUAUUUUCUGGAAUAUACCAAGUUUAUAUAAUUUGAUUUUGUGCUAAAUUAUUAAAAGAUUCUGCCUUUUUGGAACAUGCGUGUUUAAAAUAUGACACCUUAUGGGUUUCCAUAUGAAAAUCCUCACUCCUUAAGUAUCAUCAUUUCUAUAUUUGUAAAUUUUCUUUGUGAGUUACAAAAUAAUAUGUGGUCUACAAAAGACCAAAUAGAUUUCUACUUCUUAUAUUUUAAGUUCAUUGUUUCUAGAGAUUAAUAUUGUACUUUAAUGUAGACUUACUCUGAAUAAAAUUAGUUUAAAUUGGCCUUAAAAAUUA